AUGCCCCCUCUCCGCGCGCACACCAAAUCUCGCAACGGGUGCGAUCAGUGCAGGAGUCGGCGGGUCAAAUGUGAUGAGCGGGGUCCACCGUGUUCAAACUGCUCGACACGCGAGUUAGAGUGCACGUACUUGAAAGUCGCCGCUGCACGCGGCCGCGCGACCAACUCCACACGACGCCCGAGUUCCGACCCGGCGCGAUCGCUGUCAGGUGGUUCGCCGGCGGUCUCCCCCGGCGCGCUGCCAGCUGUUGCAAACUCGGUUUCGGUUUCGGCUUCGGUUUCGGCUUCCGGGUCAACUGCUAUCCAGCCGAACACGUUUGGCAUUGAUAAUCUGGAAUUGAUGCAUAAGUAUUCUACGGAGACUUAUCAGAGUCUUUGUGUUAGUGAUUCUGAAAUCACGGUUUGGCGGAAUACCGUGCCGAGGCUUGCUCUUAAGCAUGAUUACUUGAUGAACGGCAUUCUGGCGUUGGCGUCUAUGCACAUUGCCACGUCAGCUGAGCCGGCCGAUGCGUUACUUUAUCAUGAUACUGGGCUGCAGUAUUACAAUCGGAGUCUGACGCCAUUUCGAAAUGCGAUCGAUACUAUCUCGCCGAGGAACUGUGAUGCUGUUUUUGCACAUUCGAUUGUGAUGAUUGCUAUCAGUAUCACUGCGCCCAGACUUACCGCUACAAAGGAUGAGUGCUCGAGUAUUACCGAGAAUAUCGUGAUCUUGUUCGAGUUACUGCAGGGCGUGAAGAAGAUCCUGCAGGUCAGCCAGUCAUGGAUUAAACUCGAGCUGUUCUCGCAGGGUGCUUUCUGGAAGAGUGAGCCUGCAGAACUUGAUCCGGAUACUGAGGCUGCGCUCACGCUACUAUCUGCAUUGAACGAUGAAGUAAUGAUUGGGAUUUACUCGGAUCAACAUCGCAUCAACAAACAAGUCAUCGCCCAUCUCCGCCAUUGCUACGGGAAAUUCGCACGCUCCCCAGAUCCAGCCCCAGUCCUCGCCUGGCUCGCAGCCGUCGAGAAAGACUUUGUCGACAGUCUCAGAUGUAGACAACCAUUCUCCCUCCUCAUCCUCAUGUACUGGGGUGUCCUCCUGAAAGAGCUCGACGGAAAGCGCUGGUGGGCAAAGAACUCAGGCAACGCCCUCGUCUCAGAAUUAUAUCUUGCCUUGAGAUCCGGAGAUCCUAGAUGGGACAAUGCCCUAGCAUGGGUACAGCGCAAAAUGGCGCUCUGA